AUGGCCUAACGUUGCGUUUAGAUAUUCUCCCCCCACCAUGGAUAAUAGUAACACAGCCACAGAAUACACGAGGAAGAAGAAGUUAUAGUAAUGGUUGUUCCAUCGGUUGAGCCCCCGCUAAAAACCUCACCAAACCUUUGAUAAAAUUGAUGCACCUCCGUCUCUUCAAUCCGCGAUGACUCUCGUACCCAGUCUUCAACUUUACCCGACGAACUUGUUCGACUCGUUCCAGAGAUCCUUGUCGAAAUUCAAUGGCCCUCACAUCCAGUUCUUUAGGUACGGCCACGGCUCCUCAACUCCUUUCAAUAAGCACACUUUCUAUGCCACCCACUCCAUUAUCAGCUCUCCUGACCAAAACCCAGUAAGGAAAUCGAAUUUUGUUGGGAGAAAUCGAUCCAUUUAUCAGUAUAAACCGAGGAGGAAUUUGUGUACGAGUAGUUGGAUUGAUAAAUGGAAUGAAUCCCACAAGCGUAAUCGCCUGAAACCGCCUCAGGCUGUGUUGGAUUAUCAGAGUAGUGAAAGUGGGAAUUUGAGUGGUUCGGGAAAUGGCGGUGGUAGUACAAUGCAGAAGAUUGUGGAGAAAUUGACGAAAUUCGGGUACGUUGACGAUAGUAAUGAGGGUAAAGGGGAAGCGAGGGAGAGAGUGAUUGAGAAGGGUUCUGUGGAGGAUAUAUUUUAUGUUGAGGAAGGAAUGCUGCCAAAUUCGCGAGGUGGGUUCUCGGCGGAAUCACCAUUAGGGAUAGAGAAUGUGUUUGGAAGUGAUGGUAAGGUGAGGUUUCCGUGGGAAAAGCCGGCAGAGGAAGAGAAGCAAGAUCAGGGUUCGGUGAGGAGGAAGAGUAGGACUUCAGUGGCGGAAUUGACUCUUCCGGAAUCAGAGUUGAGGAGGCUGAGGAAUUUGACAUUUCAGAAGAAGCACAAGACUAAGAUUGGAGGUGCGGGUGUUACUCAAGCCGUGGUGGACAUGAUCCACGAGAGAUGGAAGACUUCAGAGAUUGUGAGGCUGAAAGUUGAAGGUCCACCUGCUCUUAACAUGAAGAGAAUGCAUGAGAUAUUGGAGCGAAAAACUGGUGGUUUGGUGGUCUGGAGGUCUGGUACUUCUCUUUCUUUGUACAGAGGUGUGAGCUAUGAAGUUCCUUCAGUGCAACUAAACAAGCGCAUUUACAAAAAAAAAGAAAUUUCUUCUUCUACAUCUUUUCCGAACGUUGCUGAUAAAUCUUUGGGAGACUUUGUUGAGCUUGCUUCUUAUGGUAAUGUAAAUACACCCCAAGAAAAGCCGGAGAGUACUUCCCUGGAGAAGAAAGACACAGACCAAUUGCCAGAAGUGAAGUAUGAAGAUGAAGUAGACAAACUUUUAGAUAGUUUAGGUCCUAGAUUCAAAGAUUGGCCUGGAUGUGAUCCAUUACCUGUAGAUGCAGAUAUGCUUCCAGGGUUAGUUCCUGGUUAUGAACAACCCUUCAGAGUACUUCCGUAUGGUGUCCGAUCUUCCCUUGGUUUACAGGAGGCAACAUCUUUGAGAAGACUGGCUAGGGUUCUUCCACCACAUUUUGCUUUAGGUCGAAGCAGACAGCUCCAGGGUCUGGCAGUGGCCAUGGCUAAAUUAUGGGAACGAAGUUUGAUAGCAAAGAUUGCACUGAAACGUGGUGUUCAGCUGACUACUAGUGAGCGAAUGGCUGAAGACAUCAAGAGAUUGACUGGGGGUGUGCUGCUAUCUCGAAACAAGGACUUCUUGGUCUUCUAUAGGGGGAAGAAUUUUUUGUCUCCAGAAGUCACUGAAGCGUUACUGGAAAGGGAGAGAUUGGCGAAAUCCCUUCAAGAUGAAGAGGAGCAGGCAAGGUUGAGAGCGUCAGCUAUGGUUAUACCAAAUGUUGAACAAGCUCAACACUUUGGUACAGCUGGUACACUUGCAGAGACUUUGGAUGCAGAUGCUAAGUGGGGAAAGAUGAUGGAUAAUCAUCAUAAGAAAAAAGUGAUGCAAGAAGCAGACAUAUUAAGGCAUGCCAAUCUUGUCAGAAAGCUUGAACGAAAGCUUGCCUUUGCUGAAAGAAAGUUAAUGAAAGCUGAACAAGCCUUAUCUAAGGUAGAGGAGUGUUUGAAACCAUCUACGCUACAAGCUGACCCAGACAGCAUUACUGAUGAAGAGAGGUUUAUGUUUCGUAAGCUUGGUUUACGGAUGAAGGCUUUCUUACUUCUUGGUAGACGUGGAGUGUUUGAUGGUACAGUGGAGAAUAUGCAUUUGCACUGGAAAUACCGGGAAUUGGUCAAGAUAAUGGUGAAUGCUAAAAGUUUUGAGCAGGUGAAAAAAAUUGCAUUGGCACUUGAAGCUGAGAGCGGUGGUGUCUUAGUUUCAGUGGACAAAGUUUCCAAAAAGUUUGCUAUAAUUGUGUACCGGGGAAAGGACUAUCACCGACCUUCUACAUUGAGGCCAAAGAAUCUCUUGACAAAAAGGAAAGCGUUGGCACGCUCUAUUGAGAUCCAACGACAGGAGGCUCUUCUAAAACAUAUUUCAGUGGUGCAGAGUAAGGUGGACACACUUCGAUCCGAAAUAGAACAAAUGGAUGUUGUGAAAGAGCGUGGAGAUGAAGUAUUGUACAACAAAUUAGAUUCUUCUUAUCCUACUGAUGAUGACGAUGAUUCCGAGGAAGAAGAUGUUUAUCUUGAAACGUACAGCGCAGAAGAUAAUGGUGAAGAUGAAGGCAAUUACUCAACUCAUGAUCCUCACCUGGAAACGAAUUUUCCUUAUCAUAUCCAGAAUCAGGCUUCUCAAACAGAAUUGGAAGUUCCUCAACAAUAUGUGCAUGCAAGGCCCGAGGGCUCACUAGACGAUGAUUACCAAGAUGAAGAAGAUAACUCCCUACAAUGAUGGAAUCAGCUGAACAUAGACCAAUGGUACAACGGCAUUCAGAAAUAGUCACGAUGGUUGCUCGUCACAUGUACAGAUAAUUUGGGCAGGCCGGCAUCCAUGUAACUCUACGGUAGUUUUUUGGUACGCAAGUUUCUGUCACGAUCUCCCAUGUCUUUUAAUUCUUGGACUAGAAAUAACUCGUACAGCGGAAUAAGUCGUCUUAAAUUGUGGGAGGAGUUAGAUACAGCUGGUUUUCAGGGCAUAUUGAUGUUUUCGGGCCCCAUACUUGUUCACAGUUUUGCUGGAGAAGCCUUCUAUGUAAAAUGAAUACGAUUAUUAAGUCACAGUGGAUAUUUCAUCACCUAUUCUGGUCACAA